AUGUCUUCAAUUGAUUCUAGCGUUGAUGGAUUUGUUGACGGGGGUGUUGACUGUGGUGUUGACGGGGGUGAUGGAUACGGACAUGGUGUAGUCGGAGUCGUUGACGAGGGUGUUGGUUGCGAGGGUAUUUUUGACAGCGGUGAUGGAUACGGUGGMCGCGACGGUGGUGACGAUGGUGUAAACGGAAAUAGCGACGGGCAUGGUGAAGACGUAGUUGUUAACGGAAAUGAAUAUGAUGUAGACGRAAGUGGUGACGGACAUAGUGUUAGCGGCGGUGGCGUUGAUAUAGAUGGCGGUGGACACAGUGUGAGUGGCGGUGGCAGAGACGGAAGUAGCGAGGAACAUACCGUAGAGGGUGGUGGCGGAGAGGGUGGUAGCAGAGAGGGUGGUGGCGGAGAUGGUGGUGGUGGAGACGGACAUGGUGUUGAUAGUGGUUGCAGUGACGGAGGUGGCGACGGAUAUGGUGCAGACGGCGGUGGUGACGGACAUGGUGUAGACGACGACUUGCGGAACGGCCACAGCUGCAACAUYGGACUUCGGAACGUAGACUUUGGCCGCUCUGGACUGUAUUUGGUGAUCGCGAGCACUGAUUGA